CAUCCAACAUGGCGGCGGCUGCGGCGUGGCUGCGAGGCGCCCUCAGGCCGCUCCCGCUCGCCCGCAGCGUCCUCCUCGGCCAGAGCCGCGGGAAGAAGCGGUGGAUGAAGUCCUACGUGCUGCUGAUGGCGAGGAAGAGGAAGCUGGAGGGGCCGCCGCCGCCCACACCGCGGUCGCAUAUGCCAAAUUGGGACUAUCAUGCUGAAGUACAGGCUUUUGGUCAGCGCCUCCAGGAAACAUUCGGCCUUGACCUUCUCAAGAAUGCGUUCAUUAAUCCCUGUUACAUUACAUCUGAAGAGGCCCGCCGACGGGAACUUGAAGUAGACAAAGAGACCGUGAUGUUAAACCUCAAAGACAAUAAUGAACUGUUUGAGAAAGGGUCAACAUUUACAGACACUUACCUGCGAGACUGUUUCAGUAAAGCCUUUCCAAACUUGCCCGCAGAGGGUGUUGGGGCAAUUACCAGCUACCUCACCAAAGCAGAUACCGUGUGUCACGUGGCUGGGCAUUUAGCUCUAGAGGAGUUAAUAUUGAGUGCGGAGUUCCCAGUGCCACAAGAGGUUCUAAGCAGGACAUUCUUUGCUGUCAUUGGAGCUUUGCUUGAGAGCAGCGGAUUGGAGAGAACCAACUUAUUUAUCCGGGACUUCUUAAUUCCACAAUUGAUCGGCAAAGACCUAUUUGAGUUGUGGCCAGUUAUUAAUCCUAUGGGGCUGUUGGUGGAAGAACUGACCAAGAGGAAGGUGUCUCUUCCAGAACCCAGGCUAACCAGACAGUCUGGAGUCAGCACUGUGCUUCCUAUCUACUUUGUUGGACUCUACAGUGAUAAACAGCUAAUUGCGGAGGGUACCGGCGAAACAAUACUGUCAGCAGAAGAAGAGGCGGCACGAGUGGCACUACGUAAAAUUUACGGCUAUACAGAAAACCGCCAACCCUGGGAUUACCAGAGUCCCAAAAUGGAACCUAUCGCAGUAAAGGCUGUGAGCAGUUGAUACCUGAAGUGGGCUUUGAUGCCUGGUUUUAGUUGAGCAAUAUCUCUGUUAAUCAAGACUCUUUGUGUAAAUGUUGAAUACUGUUAUAGAGAGAGACAGAAAUUUGUGUCUGUAAUAGAUGUUCACUUUGCUAGGCUUCUAGAUUAAGGUAUGUGGAGAGUGUAAACCUGGCCCUGGGGAUCAUUGUGCUGAUAAAUGGAAUGUAGACACUUCUCACUUAAUAAUCAAGGCAAUUUUUUGUUUCAAAAGUAUUGUAUUCCUUAAAUAAAAUGAAGGAAUAUCA